CGCCGCCGCCGGUCGAGUAGUCAAAUGUCAAACAUCAACAAAAAUGUAUAAACAAAUUUGUAUGUGUAAAAUUUAUGUUUAAUUUGUAUUCAAUUACCAUGAACUUGUAACUAAAAUAUUUAAAUAAAUAUCUUUAAAUAUAAAUAAAAGUUGUUCUUUUCAUUACAAAAUCCAUUAAAAGCCUUUAAAAUGGAUACCCAAGUAAUGGAAGCUGUAAAUGAGUUUCUGAAAGUAGAAAAUAUCGAAGAAGCAUUUUUAUGUGUUAUUGUUCAUAAAACCGAUGGAGAAAAAGAAAAAGCACAAAAAUUUACAAAUAAUAUUGUGUCUAUCUUUAAUACUUUGGCUCCAGAGUCCAAAGAAACAGUCAUCAGGCAAUAUGUUCAACGAUCUGCAGCCAGUGCCAAUUUAAACCAAUUAAAAGUGUUGAUGGAUACUUUGGGCAAACUUGUCGCGGGUAAUCUCAUCACGGCUAAACUUCUGUGCGAUAAGAUACUUCUCUGUGAGAAAUUGGUUUACGAGAACAAGAACUUUUGGGUGGAGGGUUUCAAACUUAUAAAAAAAGUUAUAACUCAUGUGGAUUACAAAGGAGUCAGGGAAAUAAUGAAAAUUUGUCGUGAAAAAUCCCAGUCUUUUCCCGUCAACAUCAAUGUAAGCUUCUUGCCGCAAUUAUUGGCUCUGGAAGAUACAAUUCGUUUCAUAUUCAAUAGGAACAACUGUCUUCUGCCGGCCUAUUUCAUAGCCAAUGAAAUAAUGAAACCAUUCUCCUUUCAUUGGAAAAUCAACAAACUUAUGACGGAUUUUGUUGAAGAAUUCCGUCACACCGCCCAAAUGGUCUCCAUAAUUGGUCAUCAACACAUGCUGCCAAUAGUUGAACCCUUUGGCUAUGCUGAUCACAUGAUGAACUCCUGGAAACUAGAUCAUAACACAUUGAAAUUCAAUUUUAAAGGGAGUCUUCCUUACGAACCGGAACUUCUUGAAGAACAACCACAACUAUUGAGAUAUGUCUUAGAUCAACCAUAUUCUCGUGAAAUGGUUUCGAUAAUGUUGAAUUUACAAAAGCAACAGAAACAACGAUGUAAUGCCCUGGAAGAGCAAAUGGUCAAUUUGAGUAUCAAGGCAAUGGAAAUGACCGAAACUGAUAUGAAUGCCUCAUCGACAGAUGAAACUACAUCACCCAAUGAAUGGGUCUGGUUGCAUUUGUCAUCGCAGUUGAUUUAUUUUGUUUUGUUUCAAAUUGUCAGUUUUCAGCAUAUUGUUUUGUCUUUGUAUGAAAAGCUUUCAAAAAGAGAAUUAAGGAAAGGAAGAGAUCAAUUGAUGUGGAUUUUACUUCAAUUCAUUUCGGGGAGUAUUCAAAAGAAUCCAAUCUCAAAUUUCCUGCCUAUGUUUAAACUUUUCGACUUGCUGUAUCCAGAACAGGAACCACUUAAGUUACCCGAUUGUAAUAAGUCGACAUCUAUGAAACAGAUGGCUCCAAUUUGCAUCUGGAUUCAUCUAAUGAAAAAAGCAAGACUAGAAAACAUGAACAUAAAUCGUCCUAUUCCAAUUGCUUUAAAAAAUCAUCAUGAAUUUCUUCAACACUUGGUCAUGCCAAAUACAAUGAUGUCAAUGAGUUUAGGAAAUGACUUUCGUAUCAUACUCCUUUGCAAUGCAUAUUCAACCAAUCAAGAGUACUUCUCACGUCCAAUGAAUAUACUAGUUGAGGCAUUAAAUGGAAAUGCAAAAGCUGUUGGUGCACCUGGACCAUCGAAUGUCUCACAAAUAUCACCUGUACCAUUUUCAAUGGUAGUAUUGGAUAGUUUAACUGUUCAUAGUAAAAUGUCUCUUAUUCAUAGUUUUGUGUCGCAAAUGAUAAAACAAUCACAAACAAAAAGUUCAGUACCUGCUCCAGCACUGGUCGAAACUUAUUCUAGACUAUUAGUUUAUACUGAAAUUGAGUCUCUUGGUAUAAAGGGAUUUUUAAGUCAACUAUUGCCAGCAGUAUUUAAACAUCAUGCAUGGGGCAUUUUGCAUACUCUUUUGGAAAUGUUUUCCUAUCGUCUUCAUCAUAUUCCUACACAUUAUCGUGUACAAUUACUAUCUCAUUUGCAUUCACUAGCAUCUGUUCCACAAACAAACAAAAUGCAAUUAAAUUUAUGUUUUGAAUCUACUGCUUUGCGCCUGAUCACUGGACUAGGUUCAGCGGAAGUUCAGCCGCAACUUUCUCGUUAUUUCAAUGACAAAACUCCAGGCUCAGUUGCAUCUGGUGAAAGUGAAGAACUUAAUCGUGUUUUGAUUCUCACUCUUGCAAGAUCGAUGCAUAUUACUGGAUCAGGUGACGAUUUACAACCUUGGUGCAAGGAUCUUCUUUCGAACAUCAUGCAAAACACUCCUCAUUCCUGGGCCAAGCAUUCACUUGAGUGUUUCCCUCCAGCUUUAAAUGAAUUCUUUACUCAAAACAGCACUCCUCUGGAGAAUAAGCAACAGCUUAAAAAAUCAGUAGACGAAGAGUAUUGUAAUUGGACAUCAAUGUCCAAUGAAAAUGACAUCAUUGCUCAUUUCAUUCGACCAAAUACAAAUCCUCUGUUUUUGUGUCUUCUUUUCAAAAUGAUUUGGGAAACUGAAAAUAUAAGUCCAGUUGCAUACAAGAUCUUAGAAGGCAUCAGUGCUCGAGCUCUGUCGGCUCAUUUACGAAAACUCUGCGACUAUCUUGUUUAUGAAGUUGCCAAUUCCAAUGGCAAGGAUUUCAUCCACAAGUGUGUCGAUACUAUCAAUAACAUGAUCUGGAAAUAUAAUGUUGUUACAAUUGAUCGAGUUGUUUUAUGUCUGGCCCUCCGAACUCAAGAAGGGAAUGAAGCACAAGUAUGCUUCCUCAUAAUUCAGUUGCUUCUGCUGAAAGUAUCCGAAUUGAGAAAUCGAGUUCAGGAAUUUUUCAAAGAUAAUAGUCCAGAUCAUUGGAAACAAAAUAAUUGGCACGAAAAGCAUCUUGCUUUCCAUCAAAAGUACCCUGAAAAGUUUGCACCUGACGAAUCUGCGUCACAUCCUCCUCUUCCUGUUUACUUUGGUAAUGUUUGCUUGAGAUUCCUUCCCGUGCUUGAUAUCGUUUUUCAUCGAUUCAUCGAAUUACCUAUUCAGCAUGUUCAUCAAAUUCUCGAAGUCAUUCUUGAUCAUUUGGGAUGUCUUUACAAGUUUCAUGAUCGUCCCAUAACCUAUCUCUACAAUACUCUUCACUUUUAUGAGUGGAUAUUGCGAGACACACCUUCGUUGAAGAAAAAACUGGUAAGUGCUGUCACAGGUGCUCUAGUCGAUGUUCGUCCACCAAAUUGGGCUCUCAGCGAACAAUAUCAAAUUUAUUUGCAAAGUAAAGAAGCCCUCUGGAAUCCUGAACUAAGUUAUUAUAUGAGUCUUCUCCGACGAUUGGCUGAUACAAUUAGUGGUAAAAACUACUUCUACGUCACUGACUGGCGUUUUAGUGAAUUCCCAAAUGCUCCAAGUCAUGCUCUAUAUGUUACUUGUGUUGAAUUACUAAGUUUGCCAGUAACUCCACAAAUUGUUGGCAAUAAUCUAAUCGAUGUGAUUGUCAAAGGCUAUCCGUUGAUUCCACAAAAAGAAAUCCAUGCUUACAUUAACGCUGUUGGAAUUGUUCUUGCUGCUUUGCCAGAAGCCUAUUGGAGUACCAUCUAUGAUCGUUUGCAAGAAGUAAUAAGCUCACCAAAGAUGCUCAAGUGGUCUUAUCGAUUUUCGGCAUUUGAAUUGUUUAAUUUCAAAACUGUGCGUGAAGCAAUGAUAGAGAAAGUUUAUGCUGUAGUUUUAGCUGUGGCACAUUCAGUGUUUCAUCAUAUGGGUGGAUUUAAAUUGGCCACAAUGACGAGAUAUUUGAAAGAAAAACUGAAGCCUUGUGUUAAAACUUCCCAUCAGUUAGUAUUUUUGUGUCACGUAUUUGGACCAUUUCUUCAGCGAAUUGAACAAGAGAAACCAAAUGCGGUCGCAGGAAUUGCUAUUCUCUUGUAUGAGCUUCUCGAAGUUGUCGAUAAGCAUAAUUGGAGUGAAAAUCUGGAAUAUAUGGAUCAAAUUUGUGACUUUUUAUACCACAUUAAAUAUAUUCACGUUGGAAAUAUUAUUAAAAAUGAGUCAGAAACUAUUAUUAAGCGUUUGAGGCCGGCUCUGCAAAUGCGAUUGAGAUUUAUAACUCAUCUUAAUUUGGAGGACAUUCAUUCGGAGAAAACUGAACCAGCAACCCCACAACAGCAACAACAACAACAGCAGCAGCAGCAACAACAACAACAACAAUCAAAUAUUGGUAUGUCAACAAAUCAACCAACAACAUCACAAAUGAGUCAGGGAAUUCCAACGCAACAGCAACAAAUUCAACCCCAAAUCAUUCAACAACAACAGCAACAACAACAACAGCAGCAGCAACAACAACAACAACAGCAACAAGUUAUGCAACAACAAGUACAGCAAACACCUCAACAACAACAGCAACAACAACCACAACAACAAUUAUCCCAAAUGAAUCCCAUGGCUGGUAUGACUCAACAACAGAUGCAACAACAAAUGCAAAUGCAACAACAUCAACAUUUACAAAUGCAACAACAACAGCAAAUGCAAAUGCAACAACAACAACAAUUACAACAACAGCAACAACAAUUCCAACUUCAACAACAACAACAGCAACAACAUUUGCAACAACAACAAAUUCAACACAUUCAACAGCAACAACAAAUGCAAAUGCAACAACAGCAAUUGCAACAACAGCAAUUACAACAACAACAAAAUAUGGGCAUGCGUCAUAAUUAAAAUUUAAGAAUAAUUUUAUAUUUUUUUUAGUUUGUCUGUCCUUUUACGUCUUAAAAUGUCUCGUCUUUUUUUUAUAUUUAAAGAAAAAAAAAAGGAAAUAUAUGUGCAACAUGCGUGUUUAGUGUGCGUAUUUUAAGUAAAAAAAAUCCAUAUAACGUGCUUUAAAUUUGAAUAGAAUUUUGAGUCAGUUAAUCAUCAGCCACUAAAGUAACAACAUCCAAACUAGCUUUAGUCUUGAGAAAUUAAGUAAGUACAAAUUACAUGCAAACUAGUGACCUCCUGAACUGUCGGUGGUGGCAGCGUAAAUUGUUUGAUUGCCAGUGAAACUGUAAUAUUGCCUGUAAGACUGUUUGCUUUCCAGUGAAAACUGUUUGAUUUCCAAUGAAAACUGGGGUGGAAUGAUUUGCGUUGUGAGCCGUUUUUAUUCCAACUGGAGUUUGUUUUUUGGGAAUAUUAUUUAAUUUCCAA